AUGGGCUUAUGUCAUACCGAGGAAGACAUAAACAGUAUCCAACGAAGUACCGAUAUCGAUAAACAGUUAGAACGCGAUCGGGGCCGACGUGAAAAAGAAUACAAGAUUUUGCUUCUCGGGAGCGGAGAAUCGGGAAAAUCAACCAUCCUAAAACAAAUGAAGAUUAUUAACCAAAACGGAUAUACAAAGCAAGAGCUAUUUACAUGGCGAGUCAUUGUUUAUCGUAAUAUUGUCGAGUCAGCACAAGCAUUGAUGCAAGCCAUUAUUGAUUUUGGACUUGUUUUUGAGAUACCGGAUAAUGGGGAGCAUGCCCGACGGAUACUUGAGUUCCAAGUGCCUGGCGAUCCCAAAUUCGAACUGGACACCGAUCUAGUGGACGCCAUAGAGUCCAUAUGGAAAGACGCUACGGUGUCCUUGUGUGUUGAGGAAAGGAGACACGAGUUUUAUUUGAUGGAUUCGGCACCCUACUUUUUCACAGAAAUAAGGCGCAUAGGCGAUCCAAACUAUAUCCCGACAGAGCAAGAUGUCUUACGCGCAAGACUAAAAUCAACGGGUAUCACGGAGAUUCGGUUCCAAUUGGGAGGUCUUUCUAUUCAUAUGUUUGAUGUCGGAGGCCAACGAUCAGAAAGGAGAAAAUGGAUACAUUGUUUCGACUCCGUUGCAUCCAUUAUUUUCUGUGUAGCCCUGAGCGAGUAUGAUCAAGUGCUAUUAGAAGAAUCACGACAAAACCGAAUGCUUGAAAGCUUAUCCUUGUUUGAAUCGAUCGUCAACAGCCGAUGGUUUAUUCAUACGUCCAUCAUGCUAUUUCUGAAUAAGGUUGACUUGUUUAAGAAUAAGGUCAUGCGUGUACCAUUGAACAAAUACUUCCCAGACUAUGGAGGAGGCAGAGACGCAAACAAGGCGGCAAAAUAUAUCUUGUGGCGAUUUCUACAAACAAACAGAGCAAAACUUAAUUUAUACCCGCAUCUGACACAAGCAACUAAUACUUCAAACAUACGCUUUGUUUUUGCCGCCGUUAAGGAGACGUUGCUGCAGAAUGCCCUGCGAGAUUCUGGCAUGUUGUGA